CAGUGGUCACAGAUAGUCGUGGCAUCUACGUCGUCGAGCUGCCACGGGUCUCCGACAGGGAUUCGAGAGCCCUUGUUGGACGAUAAAAAAGCGACAAGUCGAACGACUGCUCGAUCGUGGAUCGUCGAAAGCGUCGGUGAACGAGUUUCGAGUGUCGCGUUCUUGCGGUUCGGUACCAAGAAUCUAAUUUCGAGUCGACGACGCGGUCGGUAUCGUUAAUGUGCCGUGGUUUCAGUAAAAACGGUAAAAGGUCAAGGGUUCCACCAUCAUCGCCAACGGGCGCCGAGUAGCUGGGACAUUCUGCGUCUGACAUCUUCUUAACGAUGCCUACGCGCACCUCGCCCGCCGUAAUAAACCAUUGCUGGCUGCUGGAAGCACGGCUUCCAAUUUAUUCGAGUGGCCAACUCUUUCGCCCCGAAGAUGCUCGACUCGGUCGCGAAUGAACGACGACGGAGGGGAACCUGCGAUCGAGAAGUUUUCCGGGUCGAAGGAGAACGGAACCCUAUUCCAGCCAGCCGUGCGAACGAUUCUACGCAUAUUUCCGUGUCGAUCAGCCCGCGGAAUGAGAUUUCCCGUCGCGGGAAGUUCAACCCUCCUUUGAUCCCACCCCUGGCCACGAAUUCGCGGAAUCCUUCCGGUGACUCAGCCUUUGGGGGAUGCCCCUAACUCGAGCUCGCUGGGUUCUCUUCAUUUUCCGAUCGGAAACGGCAAAUGUCCCAAUUAUCGAAGCAUUCUUUGACAAUCGAGUGUUAUCGCAUGAUUGCGUUGCGAUAUAAGAACGUGGAUACUUGUACAAGGUAUCUGUCGCUUUCUUCGCAAAGUCCUUCGUGUUGAAACUUUUUGCUGGAACAUUUUGGUCUUCGUCAAGCUCUUCAUCCCAUCCUUUCGCGAUUCCAGACUCAAAUCUCAGGAGCAAAAUUCUCUGAAUUACUCGCAACCCUUAAACAAAGACGCAACUGUCUUUCCUGGAUUUCGUUCUUUCGAAAGUUACAGGAAAGGCCCGGAAUACUUGAGAGACGAAGGAUAAACCAAGAUCCACGUUCGACUAAACGUCGUUUAACAAAGUCCAGCAACUUAUUAGAAGAACUUCUCAGGGAAUAUAAUACAUACUCCCGCGAUACGUUUUCCGUCAUCGCGUCUCUGCUCGGUAAAAGUUCACGCAAGAAUAUCAAGUCGACGUAUGAUGAAGUGCCGCGAGUCGCUUUCCAGAACUUCGUCCAAGUUGCACCGCGGUAGCGAAAUUUCGUCGUUCGGGGAUACCUGUGAACGUCGUUCUCCAUGCUGUUCUCUUGGAAACAGGUGACGCUUAUGAUCAAACUUGGGAGCAAUUUGACGACGGAUAUCGCGGCAAUCGUGGCCGAUCGAAAACUGAACGCUGAUCUCCAGGAAAGACGUAGGGAGCGAAAUAAAUUAACUAUCGCGUUAAAAGUCCCCUUGGCCCUUUCGGAUUCUGAUGUAAAAUUUCCAUUGUUUGGGUCGACCUAAAAACUGAUACACAGCGACCAAUGUAUCGGUACCAAUAUAUAAUAGUGGGUGGUUAUAUUUUAUAAAAUUGGUUUCAACUUUCGUGAAACAAAAAAGAAAGAGGACGUCCUUUGAUCGAUCCACGAAGGACACGUAGUUUAACACGAAGGAUAAUAAAUGGUCAACGCGCGUGGUCGUCUCUCAUGGCCGUGACGGUUGUCGGAGCCCUUCGAGGAACGUCAGAAAUGAGCUCGAAAUGGCAGAGCCAGACGAUGACUUCCCACGUGUCUAUUUCAAGCAUCCCCUUGACGGAAAUUGUCCUGGAUCGUGCAUAGAUUCGUCCAUCUCUGUCGUUCGUCCUUUCUACGGGGUUCCGCGAGGAAGAUCCCCGCGGAAGGACGCGCGUUUGCGCACGAGUCGAAGACUUCUCGCUGCCUGGAUCCUCGGUAUAUCCUCGGUGGUAAGCGUAACUCGGGAUUGUUCGGUCGUGGCUCAUCCAACGUGGACCGAUCGGAAGUCCAUCCUCGUCGCCGUGACUAGCAACAGAAGGUUUCGGAUCAGGAGUCGAGACUGAAACGGAUCACCAUGGACAUCCAAGAGUUCCGUGUGCGCGGCAAGGAGAUGGUGGAGUACAUUUGCGAGUUCAUGAGCAAUAUCCACAACCGAAGGGUAACUCCAGAUGUCGGUCCCGGAUAUUUGAGGCCCCUGCUACCUCCGGAACCGCCGCAGCAGCCCGAAGCCUGGGAGGACAUCAUGAAGGACGUCGAGUCGAAGAUCAUGCCCGGAAUCACCCACUGGCAACAUCCAAGGUUCCACGCGUACUUUCCCGCUGGAAAUUCUUUCCCAUCUAUUCUUGGCGAUAUGCUAUCGGACGCCAUAGGUUGCAUUGGAUUUUCAUGGGCGGCCAGUCCAGCCUGCACGGAGCUCGAGACGAUAGUCUGCGAGUGGUUCGGCAAAGCUAUCGGUCUGCCGACGGACUUCCUCUACUUUAAUCCUGGGAGCAAGGGAGGCGGCGUGAUACAGGGCUCAGCCUCGGAGUGCAUCUUGGUUUGCAUGCUGGCAGCGAGGGCGCAAGCUAUCGCCAGGCUCAAGGAGUCGCCUGCUCAUGCACACUUGGACGAAACUGCUCUUCUCGGGAAGCUGAUGGCUUAUUGCAGCCGAGAGAGUCACAGCUGCGUCGAGAAAGACGCCAUGAUCUGUUUCGUGAAACUGAGGAUCUUGGAGCCCGACGAGAAGAGCGUAAUGCGUGGCGAAACUCUGCGUCAGGCGAUCGAGGCCGAUACCGCCGAGGGAUACAUCCCAUUCUUCGUGUCCACCACGCUCGGGACGACCGCUUGCUGUUCCUUCGACAACCUCAAGGAGAUAGGACCGGUCUGCAAGAAAUAUCCAGGCGUAUGGUUGCACGUGGACGCUGCGUACGCGGGCAACGCUUUCAUCUGCCCGGAACUGAAGUACCUGAUGGCUGGAAUCGAGUACGCGGACUCUUUCAAUACGAAUACCAAUAAAUUCCUCCUGACGAACUUCGACUGUUCCUGCCUUUGGGUUCGGGACAGGUUCAAGCUGACCAGCGCGCUCGUCGUCGAUCCGCUUUACCUUCAACACACCCACGCGGACACGGCCAUUGAUUACAGACAUUGGAGCAUACCACUGAGUCGACGAUUUCGCUCCCUGAAACUGUGGUUCGUCAUGAGAAAUUACGGGAUAUCCGGUUUGCAGGCGUACAUUCGCAACCACAUCGAGUUGGCGAAAAGAUUCGAGGCGCUCGUCAAGAAAGACUCGAGAUUCGAAGUUUGCAACGAAGUCGUGCUGGGAUUGGUGUGUUUUCGCGCCAAAGGCUCCGAUAAGCUUAAUCAAAAGCUUCUGAGCACCAUCAACGAUUCAGGGAAGCUUCACAUGGUGCCAGCGAGAGUGAAUCAACGCUUCACGAUUCGUUUCGCGCUUGCCGCGCCGAAUGCCACUGGCGAUGACGUCGACAUAGCGUGGAGCAUCAUAACGGACUAUCUGGCCGAGUUGCUGGAGUCCAAGGACGUGAUGGACGAGCUGGCAGACAUCCGUGAGAAGAAGAGGAAAGCCACGCUGGAGCAAAGGAGGUCCUUCUUCGUUCGCAUGGUGUCCGAUCCCGCGAUUCAGCCAGGAUUUACGAAGACUCCGAACAGAACGGGAGCGAAAUUGGACGCUCAGGCGACGAUCGGUGGCAUCGGCUCGAAUCCCCAUCCCGCGUCUCGUUCGUGGAUAUCCUGGCCACUGGCCUACUUGAUGCAAGCGAAGGACGCUGAUACCAGCGAACUGUCACUCAGAUUUCGUCAUUUGGACACCAUGGUUCGCCUGAAGGCGGGCGGGACCGGAAGUCGUCGCGGCAGCAGCAAUGGCUGCAGCCCCGAGCCAUCACCGUCUGGUUCUCCGUCCCGUGGAAGAUCACCCAACGGCAGGGCGUAAAGUGCCCUUCCAUCCUCGAAUCGUCCAGCCAUUUUCUAAGGUUUCUCCAGGUCGGAGUGGACCAGUGAUCGUUUUUAUACAAAUUAUUCUCGAUGAUCACGUUGAUCGGUGAACCCUUUCCACUCGAGAGACGACUCUCACUCACCACUAGGUUUCACGCAGCAAAUCUACCAACAAUGUUUCUUUAGGUUCUAUUUCUUUGGAACUCGAAUUGUCCAGUAAAGGUGACCUGUUCCUCGAAUCUCAAAUUAGAGGUCUAAUCUUCGAAGUCGAUCAAAGCUUAGCAUUCGUGGCGAUAGAAUGCUAAGAAAGCAUCUCAAGUUGCUGGAAGAUACCAGAAGAAUAGGCCUCGAGUGCAAAGGGUUAAUCAUACCUGAUCAUCUCCAGGUACCGCAGUCAUCUUAAUCAUUUCAUCGGACACGGUUCCAGGUGCAUGGACUAGGAAUGGAACGUUCAGCGAGGAAAGAGAUCCUUGGACCAGAUACUGCCCGACGGAAACGAACGACACGUUCGCAGAGAUCGACCGGAAAGGACGUCCCCGAAUUGCUCAGCAACGAACAACGGAGCGAUGUUUGAAAUCGAUCGAUGGCUCGUUUAGAUAUGCGCGUGUGUGCCCCCUCCCCCCCCCCCCCCUCGUCAUCAGUUCUCGUUGCGUUUUUUCGUUAGGGAUCUUUUGAACUUUGUAGUAGCCGUUGAAUAAGUUUCACGUUUCCCGUACCCCUGGCGACCGUAGUAGCUCAAACGCUCCACCGAAGGAGGCGCUCGAUAAAUACAAGUACACCUUCUUUACUUGCUUAUCGAUCUGUUUAUAUAAAUGUGCUCUGUUUUGGAUCGCCACGGAAUCAUGUUCCACGCGGACACACCAGUACACGUGUAACAUACACACCUAUAUAGAUAUAUAAAUAUAUAUAUAUAUAUAUACAAGGUCGAUAGUAAACGAUUUCAGAAAUAAAGAAUCGAGUACUUGUUAUUACGCUGCUACCUCCCCAACAAAAACCAUGGAGCGUAUCGCAUAAGUUAUCUAAGUUAGGCAAAGCACGCUCUAUGGUGAAUAUAAACUAACUGAAAAUGGAUAAAACGAAAUUGCAAAAGAAAGACUUGGUGAUUUGACAUUUUAAUGUUGUUAAAAAAAAAAAAAAAAAAAAAAAGGUCAUAAAGAGGUUGGUUGAAUGCUCCAAAAGUCUGGGGUCACCAGGGUGACCGAUGCAGCUGAAUUCUGUUCGUUCUCUGUCGCGUUCUUUAUCCUUUCGCGUUCGACGUUCCAAGCGUCCGUGAUAUUCAUUCCAUUCUAUUUUAAUUCACAUUUUCGAUUAGUUUACGCAAACGACGACGUGGAAUGCGAGCGACUGUCCCAUUAACGUACGUGUUCCCAGAAUUCCGCCGAAUGGUGCUACGUCAAGAGUGAAACACGCGAACGUAAUCGACUUACGUUGGACGAGCUCUGGGGAAUGUUGGGUACGCGACGUGAAACAAUUCCUUGAGUCGCAACCCCGUGGCAAAACAUAUUUCGAUCGUGUGAAUCGGCUCGAUUGCGACGGAACAUGUUCGCGAGAAAGAGUAAAUUAUUCCCGUCGGCGGAGCGACAGACAGAAAUCGAUGAAAGAUGACAUUCUAAUCGAUCGUAUCGGGUUCACUUUAAACAAUAUAAAAGAAAGCUCGCGACAAAAGAAAAUUUCUCGACAAAAAUCGCUCGAGUGAGUCUGUGUGCCUUCUAUACUAAUUACAAAGUCCACUCUUCUGCAUCCCUUCGUAUUUAUUCCUAUCAUCGUUUUAUCAGCACGCCUCGUUAGCCUCCUCUGAUACCAGAGCAAACACCGUUAAAAAUGUUUCGAGGGCCAGCUACUCGACGACUCCUUCGUUCAUUAAAUUCCGUUAUACCCGAAAAAGCUCCAAAAUGAUACGCAAGUCAGACUUUUGAUAAAAGUACAGCUGUACCGAACGCACAGCGUUUCCUUAGUCUCUGAUAUUUCGAUUGGUCGCCAACAGUCGGAC